AUGCCUCCCAGAGUCCGCCUGCGCACCCUCGCACAGCUCGCGGAGCUUCAACUCGAACCACCUGCUUACAGAUACACAUGCGGCCGUUGCUCGCAACGACUAUACACGACGACAUCAGCAGCAGCGGCAUCGUUAGCGACGACACCGGCCCCUUCAGAUGCACAAAUGCGGGCAUCGAUACCAACCCUCUCGCGCUACCCACCGGUCCAACCACCGUCGCACCGCAACCCGGCAUACCGGAAGUCCCAACUACUGCGGUCCUACGUGUCGCUGCUCCAAACGACACCCCUGAUCAUUUUCUUCCAGCACAACAACCUCAAGGCCACCGAGUGGGUGAGCAUACGGCGCGAGCUGGCGUCGGCGCUGCGAAAAGUCGACGCGCAGCUCGCGGCACAGGGAAAGCCGACGGAAGAGUUAAUUGGGGAAUACGUCAAGUUGCAGGUCAUCAAGACCAACAUGUUCGAGCCCGCACUGCGGAUCGUCGAGUUCUUCAAACCCUCACCACAGCCGCCGGAACCGAUUGGGGGAUUGGCGGGAAUUCCCUCAGAGAGGGAUGAUCCCUCGCUCACGCACGUGCUGUCCGUGGCAGCGUACGAGGCCGCGCAGCAGCACAAGCACGAGCACCCUCUAACGCCCGUCCUGGCCGGGUCCGUGGCCAUCUUGACCUUCCCCACCGUCUCCCCUCUCUAUCUAAAGACCGCCUUCUCGAUCUUGUCCCCGCAGGCGCCCCUCUUCCCGGCCCCGACAAGAAGGGCAGUGCCCCAGUACUACGAGCAGUCCGUGCAGGACGGGCUGAAGAAGCUCAUGCUGCUCGGAGCUAGGGUCGACGGACAGCUCUUCGACAUGGACGGCGCGAGAUGGGUGGGCAGCAUCGAAGGUGGCAUUGACGGCCUGCGCGCACAGCUGGUGGCCAUGCUGCAAGGGUUCGGGGCCGCCAUGGUGCAGACUUUGGAGAGUGGUUCGAGAAGUCUCUGGUUCACCAUGGAGGGGAGGAGGAGGAUGUUGGAGGAAGGGGAGGAGAAGCCAAAGGACGAAGAGAAGAAGGAAUAG